GUUUACGUAUCGAACGUGUUUAAUUUAUGAUACAGAGUUAUCUGAACGUUCGAGUUCGAGUUUGUAGUUUUGAUUUGUGCGGUUUAAUAAAAACGAAGUAUAAAGCAGAUUGCCGGCUAUCAUACUAUCGGACAUGCAACCAGCGUGUCCGCUCUAUUCGCUAUGGACCAGUCAUUGUUGGCAUUGAGAAAAUCCCUGCUCUGCAACCGCCGUCCUGUAGUAGCAGAUGACCCUAUUGUGUCAAAUUUUGCAGCAAGGUUCUGUCGCAAUUAUGAGUUCAGCAACCGGAACCAACAUGUUACCGUGAAAAUCUACAUAAGUGCAGAUGAAUAAUGACAACAAGAUACAGCAAACGAGGAAGAGCCAGAAUGAGUUUCGGCAGGACCUACCUCUCGCCUGGACACAAUCAAACUUUGUGGAUUCGAUGAAGAUACGGCGUUGAUUGAGCACAAAAACUAACAGACCGAUAUUUUGCGCCGAUUGCUCAUGAAAAACAACGUUGGGAAUGCAACUGAUCCACCACAAAUGCAACAACAGCAACAAUCAACCCAACAGCCGCACUAUCCAUCCCAACGUGAGCUUCAGUUCCAUACCCAAUUCAUAAUGCAGAACGCUUUGCUCCGUAGAAAAACUGCAGGAGCAACGCAAGGUGCUUUGUGAUCAGAACAGUCGAAUUGCUGCCGCCGUGAUUAACAACGGUGAACCAAAUGCAGCCGUGCAGCAAUUCGUAUAAUCGAUUUGUCUAAACAUUCAGCGAAGUCUUUUGGAUCUUAGUCAAACUGCUAACCGGCCGGUGACAAAUAUCCUAAUGGUACAUAUUUCUUUGCAAAGCCGUCUGCAGGAGCAACUACCCUCCGUCACGCGAAAAUUGUAUCAAGAGAAACGUGGUUGUCCCAUGAGCGCUAGAAGUUCUUAGAAAGCAUCAAAUUCUACGAAUCAAUUCCUACAUAUUACGAGAGAACGCCCAUUCCAAUGCACACAGGCUUCAAUAGGAAACCACCGCCAGCUUCAGUUGCACCAACAGCAGGAACAGGUACAGCUAGUCAUUCUAAUGUUGUCAUCUGCAGGCGCAAAUGGUUUUUCAGGUCUGCUCAGUGGUGGAAGCCACGAUGGUGAUGACAUAAUAGGUUCGCUUGAGGAGGAGACAUCGCACUGUAGGAUCAGCUCGAGCGGGAGAAGCUGUCUAAUAAGAAUAAUGUCGACAUCCAGAAGGUGAUUUGACACUUGAUAGUGCCAGGUCCGAUGCAAAUAUGCGAACGCUAGGAAAUAUCCAAAUUUACAGGAUCUAAACCAAAAUGGCGGAGCCACUUGUGAAUUCCUGCUGUCGUUGUUACUCUCUGCGGAAUGGAUCUAUAACUUCCGGAAUAAUAGGAAUUGUUCUUUCGAUAAUUUCCCUAAUUUUAAUGUUCACCACAAGAGUUGAGUUUAAGCCUAUUUUAAUGGACUGGUUGCCUCAGAAUGUAGUGAAAAUUAUUUUUGCGCUUAAUCUCUGUAUGACCAUCCUGAUUUGUUUGAUAAUGAUUCUCGGUGUUAUAAAGAAAAAUCAUUUCCUCAUGAUGCCUUGGGUAGUUCUUGGCAUAAUGCUGGCUAUAGGACUGCUUAUUAGUGUAAUAUACACAGCAGUUGUGCACUUCAUUGAUGGAUACACUCUGAGUGGUACUUUGUGGUUAAUUGUCGGCUUAUUAUGGGUUGUUAUUUUCACUUACAUGUGGACUGUAGUCUACAGCCAGUUCGUAGUGCAGAAGAACGAAAACGAAAGAGGACAAUAUUCUAAACAGCCAUACAGACGAUAGUCAAUGCAACAAACAGAAAACUGAAAGUUAGAAUUAAGCUUAAUAUUACUAGCUCAUUCAAGUCGAUUGUAUAUACUAACAUGUUCAAAAUAUAUGAUAGCUUCAAAUGUGAAUAAUACUCAUAUAAGUUUAUUUAAAAUUAACAUGUAAUGGAAUAAUAUUAUUGAUAACAUAUUUGAUAUUUAUAAUCGUUUUGAUAAUAAAAUGGAAUUUAUU